UCUCCACUCCUGUUGCCUUGCAGAAUGACAUCUACGAGUGGGUCCGGGACCACCGCGUCCAUCACAAGUUCUCCGAGACGGACGCGGACCCACACAAUGCCAUGCGGGGCUUCUUCUUCUCCCACAUCGGCUGGCUACUGGUGCGCAAGCACCCCGAUGUCAUAGAGAAGGGCCAGAAGCUGGACCUGAGCGACAUAAAGGCUGACAAAGUGGUGAUGUUCCAGCGGAGAUACUACAAGCCCUCGGUGGUGUUGCUGUGCUUCACCCUGCCCACUCUAGUGCCCUGGUAUUUCUGGGACGAAUCCAUCAUCAUCAGCUUCUUCAUUCCAGCCAUCCUGCGCUACGCCGUAGCGCUCAAUGCCGCUUGGCUAGUGAACAGUGCUGCUCACAUGUUUGGCAACCGGCCAUACGAUCAGCACAUCAACCCACGGGAGAACCCCCUGGUCAGCCUGGGGGCCCUAGGAGAAGGCUUCCACAACUACCACCACACUUUCCCCUACGACUACUCCACCAGUGAGUUUGGCUGGCGCUUCAACUUAACCACAGCCUUCAUCGACCUCAUGUGCUUCCUGGGGCUGGCCAGCGAUCGCAAGAAAGUCUCGAAGGAGGUCAUCCUGGCUCGGAAAAUGCGGACUGGAGACGGGAGUCACAAGAGUGGCUGAGUUCCUGCUCCCCUUCACACACACAUCCACACCUCUCCUUCCUCCUUUUUUCUCCCUUUCUCCUUUCCUCACCCCUCUGAACACGCUGGACAAAGGUUUAAUGUUCUGUUUACUAACUACUGAAUAAUGCUACCAGUUUGCUUAAGGUAAUGAUAAUGAGUUUUAACCCCCCUCCCACACUGUAUUUUAUGUGAUGUAUUUAAGAUCUAGGACUCUGCCUUUAUAACGCAAGGCCACCCCUUUCCCUCCUCUCCUUCUCCUUUCCAUUCAUUCUCUCCAGCCCCUCUACCACGCCUCCCACUUUACAUCAUCCCGGUCUCUCCCUGGCAGAGUUGCUGGUAGGAAGCAGCCCAGGGCGGCUCAUCGCAGCUGGCUACGUACCAUGGGGUUAAGGGAAGCCUGUACCAGCCAGCUGAAGAGUUGAGCCAGAGUCAGUGACUCUCUCCC